GUCUUUAUUCUUUGGUUUCUCUCUUACCCUAUUUUCUCUACACAACUAAAAUAACCUGCACGCCAAUACCUUUCGUUCCUCUCUCAUUUUACUUUUCAUUUUCUCGGGAAAAUCAUGGUGAAAGGGCCCGGUCUCUACUCCGAUAUCGGCAAGAAAGCCAGAGAUCUUCUCUACAAGGAUUAUCAGAGCGACCACAAGUUCACCAUCACUACUUACACUUCCACUGGAGUUGCAAUUACUUCAACUGGAAUUAAGAAAGGCGACCUGUUUUUGGCUGAUGUGAGCACUCAGCUGAAGAACAAGAACAUCACAACUGAUAUAAAAGUGGACACUAACUCUAAUCUUCUCACAACAGUUACCGUUGAUGAACCUGCACCUGGACUCAAGGCUAUCUUUAGCUUUAUUGCUCCUGAUCAGAGGUCUGGUAAGGUUGAACUCCAAUACCAGCAUGAGUAUGCUGGAAUAAGUACAAGCCUUGGGUUGACUGCCAAUCCAAUUGUGAACUUUUCUGGUGUUGUUGGAAACAAUGUUGUUGCCCUUGGGACAGAUCUUUCAUUUGACACUGCCUCUGGAAACUUUACUAAACUGAAUGCUGGAUUGAGUUACACCCAGGCUGACCUAAUUGCUGCACUGACAGUGAAUGAUAAAGGGGACACCCUUAAUGCUUCAUACUACCACACUGUAAGCCCAUUGACAAACACAGCUGUCGGUGCAGAGCUGUCACAUAGCUUUUCAAGCAAUGAAAAUACCCUCACAAUUGGCACGCAGCAUGCGCUUGACCCUCUAACCUCGGUGAAGGCUAGAGUAAACAACUAUGGAAGGGCAAGCGCUCUCAUCCAGCAUGAGUGGCGUCCAAAGUCCCUUUUCACCAUCUCUGGAGAGGUGGAUACCAGGGCAAUUGAAAAGAGUGCAAAGAUUGGGCUAGCCUUGGCAUUGAAGCCGUAGGCUAGUUAACCACCCUUGCUGUGUGAAUUGAAGACGGGCCGUUUGGUGAAGGAAAAUAAGGUAGAUGAUAGACUAUAUCUUUUUUGUUCCAGUGAACUUUUGGGCUGUUAAUGUGUUACUAUUGGUUUCUUCAUACUUUGGUGGUCGAGGAUGUAAAAAAUAAUUUUAGCUGGUGGCACAAACCAAUGUCAAUUUUCUUUUUGGAUUGUCAUCCAUCCGAAUGUUGCGGAUGAUAUUCUUUUGAGCAAAAAGUUCUCAUUUGGAGUUUUGGCCACUUGUCUGCACUUUGUGUCAUUGUAAUCAUAUUUUUCUUCGUUUC